AGCAUCUUCGCGCGUCUCCUCUUCUCAGGCCCAAGGCUCUGCAAACGCUGCAGUCGCGUUCACGAGUCGAAUCGCGCAGGUAACGCGAGUGUGAAUCGAAUCCGAGUGAAGAGAACGCACGAUGGAGUCUACGAGGCGGCAGCUCGUCUUAAUCUCGGUGGGAAUAUUAUGGAGUUGCGUACUAGGCCUCCAACGACCACCGCCGAGAUACUCCCAGCAAUAUAUGCCGGAAACUUCCUUCUCCUGUCGCAACAAAAUCGUCGGUAGCUAUUACGCGGACCCUGAGACCGACUGCCAAGUCUUUCACGUCUGCGUCUCUGUGGCUGGCAGCAUUCAAGACUACAAAUUCCUGUGUCCCAACGAUACCGCCUUCGAUCAGGAGAGCCAGACCUGUGCGGACUGGUACGACGUGGAUUGCGAGGCUGCGACCCUCUAUUAUGCCAGCGACAACUUCGAUUUGUAUAGAAUCGGUUCCGGUCUCGAGUCCGUGCACUACGAUAAUAUUCGUAGCGACGCCGAGCCCCAGGAUCACCUCCAACGCAGCGAGACCAGUGACGCGGUCCGAUCCUCCGCUAACGCGUUGAAUCGAGUGUCCUCGUCCAACUACAACAACAAUCGCGACAUUCUGCGAGGUAGCAGUAGCGGCAAUUUUUACAACAAAAACAAUAACGAGGACGAGUACGAGUCCGAGAAGUCGUACAAGGAGGAUGUGAAUCAAGACACCAAGAAGAAGGUUGGUGGCGUCAGGAAGGUCAGCAGGAAGCAGCCGUACAAUGGCUAUUCGUCGACGACUACUACUACGGCGGCACCAGCUCCCAGUCAGCACAGCUACAACGGCAAUUAUUACAACGGCAACGCGUACAAUCAACGAUCCACGACGUAUGUAGUCUCGUCGACCACCGUCCGACCGCUGCAGGAGAACUACAACCGAAAUCAGAACGCUCAGAGGUACAAUGUACCGUCGUCCUCGACGUAUCGACCUAGCACGACCUAUCAGGACGCGUACAAUAAUUACCAAUCAUCACCCAGUACGACUGUAAGAACGACGCCCCCACAUAAUGCCUACAGCACGAAUGUCUAUAACGCCUUCAACCCCACUUACAACCAGCAGAACGCCGUCAGCGGUUCCUUCCAAGUUACUACCCUGAGACCGAGCAGCUACAGCCCGAAGGCCAAUUAUCAAACCAACUAUCAAUUCCCGCAGUCUACUACCACUGUUCAACCGAGCACCAACUACCAACAGACUAACGAUUACAGCAAUUAUCAACAGAGAAGCUAUAACAACAUCCAGCGAGGGACCAGCAACGUUGCCUAUCCAUCUACUACAUCCGCGUCUACUGUUUACGAUAAUCAUUACAACAACAAUGGCCAAUAUAGAUCAGUUACGUCUACCAGACAAGAUGUUCCUCAGACCACCGCGAAGUCUUACUUUGCCAAUAAUUUUGCAAGCAACAGUUACGCGCCUACCACUUAUAGCCCAGCGACGAAGAAGUACGCGAAUGGGGAUAAUACGGCCGCGCAAACCGCUUUGCGGGCCAACGAAAACAGCCAGUACUACGAUAAAAGUACCAACCAAGCAAUCAAGCCUUCUACGCAGUAUUACGACAGCACGAAGACGCCAAAAAAGGCGACUCAGUAUAAUAAUUAUGACGGAGCAAGCGGCGGCAAGUCGUAUUACAUCGAGACCAGCACAGGUAGCUUCGAUUUGGCGAGAUCCUCUGUCGGAAUCGGCUUCAGUCCCGCAAGCAUCAACCAUCUCGCUGAGUCACCAAGAACUACUACACCGGUACCAAGGCGACCUUCUAGUGCUACCACUUACAAUCCGAACAGCUUCAGCUCCAGUGCUCAGAAAGCCGGUCAACCGACAACGACGCCACGUGGCAUCACCUACGUCAGUGGAUCCGCGAGACCAUUUUCGUCGACGACCAGAUUACCCAGCAGCAGCAGUAGCACGACAGCGCGGCCGAAAUCGGGCAAGAAGAACGACUACGAUUAUGCGUAUUACGACAAUACUGGCGGUCUGGAGUACGAUGGGGUCGAUCUUGAGCACGUCACCAGCAACAAGGAAUCGACAAAGCUCACGAGGAAUUAAAGCAACUUCCUAUCGUAUAACGCGUCGAAUUUUUUUAGAGACGAGACUAAUGUAAGGAGACUAGUGAUAUAUUGAGAUUGCAAGAAAUGUACCUCCUUUUUUGGAGCUGGGUACACUUUUUCGGUAUAUCUGUAGCUGUAUUUUCCCUGCGACAAAAUACCUGUGUAUUUCUAGCCAGAUGUAUCAUUUUUAAAUAUUUUUGAGGUACAUUUCUUGAAAUACUUGUGUUUGCAUUUCGAAUCAAUUUCGUACUUAACGAUAUCGUAUAAUAUCGUCAAAAUUGCAUGAAGGUAAAAGCAAGCUAAUCGACUUUAGUGUAUCUAAAAUAUCUUUUCUCAGAUACUGAAGAGAUAAGAAUCUUUCGCGUUAUAGAUCGACAGAAAAAUUUACUUAUCAUUUGUAGAGGCCAGUCAUUAAUAAAUUCAAUUAAGAAUCAUGCAAAAGUACGAAGGAAAAAUUGAAUACAAAUUUCUAGAGAAAAAAAAUAGCCACGAUAUUGAUUUAUUUGAAUUCGUAUAAAUGUUACAGCUCUUCCGGCGUUAUUAACAUACAUAAUUUUGUGUAGUUCAGUAUUUUAGGAUAAUUUUUUUAUACAUAUUUUAUAUGUGAGACGCUUAAUUCAUACGACAUUAAGUGUCGAUAUGAUAGAUAAUUAUGAAAUUUUGAAAAGUAUUAGCAAAAUGUUUCGUUUAAUCUUUUUCCUUCUAAUUUAUAACGUGAGGGAAAAAAGUUUCGAGAGAUGGCCAGUUACUAAUAGUUGCUUAUUGUAUAUUGAUACCAUAGAGUUCAAAGUUUGGUUAUUUUUGUCAAAUUAUUAAAUCUUUUUCGCAUAAUUUUGUACGCGCGUCGACAAAAUCUCGCGAAACGUGUUCAGAUUUAAGAUGUUUUAUUAUCUGCGUCCUAAAGUGUAUGUACUGAGUGUAUAUAUUGCAAGUAUUUUAAUUAAAAAAAGCAUUAAACAAUACGCUUCAUUGUUCCUCAUUCUUAUGCAUUUAUUUCU